AUGUUGUUGUUACUUCUGUUGAUAUUCGCGUCUGUUCUCCAAAGCAAAAAGGUGAGCAUUGACGGUCCAUGUCUUACCGGACUGCGUGCGGAAAGUACAAAAUUCUUAGGAAAAAGUGGGAUUGCCGGUCUUCGUAGUCAAAUCCUGGAUGAUUGCCACCGAUUCGUUCCCGAUAGAGAAAACUUGAUUACUGCAUUUGCGACGCAAACCGACUGUUACUUUGCGAGAGAGAGCUUUUUCCAGAGUGUUCAAGGGAUAAACUUCAAUCGAUGUGGUAUAUGUGUAGAGGUGAUUGGGCCGACUUUAAAAAGAGCCACAUGUACUUUGGUUGGUUCUGUUGUCAUGAAUUUUACAAAUCCACUUACUAUGGUCGAAGACAUUAAUACUUACGCAAGAACUGUUUUUCUUAAUGACCAACUUUACAAGUUUUUGGGUGGGUAUGGAACAGAUGGAGAGACUGGAAAUACUUUCCCUAUAGCUGUUCAUUCUGUGAAUUGCCCAUUUAAAACUGUUCCAAGUGCAAUGGUGACUUCAAUUGUUGAUGAUGGGAAAGGUGGAAAGAAUGCUGCAAUUUCAGUGUUUAACACAAACCAAAUAACAAGUGGCAUUGAGUUACUUGGAAAGUUCUAUCAAUUUGAUGAAUACCUACAGUUUAUUGUACCAGUCACAGACAUACCCAAAGGUACAUUUUUGAAGGUACACAACGUCUUUGGCGGACAUGUCAAUAUCCCUUUUAUGUUUACAGUAAACAAAACCCUUUCGUCUUCGACAGUCCCACUUGAUUACUUUAAACCACAAGAAUGUUCACUUAUUAUUAACGAAGGAACGACGCUGCGGGAGGAAAAUGAUGACCCUUUAAUGGUGUGGACAUUGAGAAUGCAUGAUGUUAAUAACAUUUCAAAUAGUCAUAUAAUAACAGAUUUGAAGAACAUUGAAAUCGACACAGAAGUUCGUAUCUCAAUGACAUUUCCUUAUCCUAUCAUUAUUUCAAAACAUUUUAAGUCGUUCAGAGUGGUAUUUGACUCAACUGUUCUAAUCGAACCAAAUCAAGAAAUCUCUUUAUACACAUUUGUUAAUGGUGUUACUAAUUUGAAAGAAUUUAAAUGUUCAAAGGAUUUUGUAUUCGACAGAAACGUUUCACAAACAGCAAAUGGGUUACACGUCGAAUCUGCAUUUUCACUCAAUAUGGCAAGGUGUUAUUCACAAGUAAAUAUGAUGAUGAUGCAUUAUAAACUGAAAGGAAAAGGUGUUCUGUCCGUCAGUUCAAUAUCCUUUAAGCAGUUGUAUACAAGAAAUUUCACGAAUUGUUCAACUACGGCUUUUGCUUGUGGGGAAAGGGAUCAAUGUGAUCCGACGAACAGUGAAGUAGAAGAUGUGAGUGGGAUAGAAGUGCGAUAUCAAAGUGGGUGUGUUCCGUAUUGUGGUGUUUGUAAAAGUGAUGAGGUGUGUUCAAAGGCUGCGCGUUGUGUCAAAAGAACAACAAAAAACACACGAGAUGGUGUGUUUGGAGUAUUCAUCAUGUCUAUUCUUUGCAUUCUAUUCUGUAUCUAA